AUAGGUGCCGUUCGGCCGACAAUCAACGCUAGCGAUGACGCUCGGUAUUUUCGAUAUACCUCAAGGAGACCCAAAUCCCAUCCUCCUGGCCGGUUCGCCAUGGCCGAUGAUCAUCAUUCUGGCGGCCUAUCUGCUCUUUGUCCUCAAGCUGGGAAGGAUAUACAUGAGAAACCGCAAGCCAUACGACCUGAGGCGGGUGCUGAUGGUCUAUAAUCUCGGCCAGGUGAUCUACAAUGGCCUCUACUUCGGAAUCGUCUUCUACUACCUGUUCAUCGAGGGAAUCUGCAAUCUGCGCUGCAUGGAGAGCUUCCCGCCCGGCCAUAGGUACCGGCAGCUGGAGCGGGUGGUGCACACCGCAUACCUCGUGAACAAGGUGGUGGAUCUGAUGGACACCGUGUUCUUUGUGCUGCGAAAGAGCUACAAGCAGGUCACCUUCCUGCACAUCUACCACCACGUGUUCAUGGCCUUCGGGGGCUAUGCGGUGACCCGAAUCUACGGCACCGGGGGCCACUUCAACUCCGUCGGCCUGCUCAACACGGUCGUGCACACGGUCAUGUACUUCUACUACUUCCUGUCCUCGCAGUAUCCCGGCGUGAAGGCCAACAUCUGGUGGAAGAAGUACAUCACGUUGACGCAGCUUGUCCAGUUUGUGCUGCUCUUCAGUUACUCCUUCUACGUGCGAUUCCUAUCCGCCAACUGCCCCAUUCCGCACAGCCUGCUCUACCUGAACAUGUUCCAGGGCAUCGUCUUCAUGUAUCUGUUCGGCAAGUUCUACAUCCAGGCGUAUGUCCGGCCUCCUCCUGUCCAGCCCGAGUCCCAAUCCCAAUCCCAGUCCCUGUCUCAGUCCCAGUCCCAGCCCCAGUCCAUGCAGAAGCAGAAGCUGUCGUAACCAGCUCAAUAUGGCCGCGAAUAUACCCUGUUCAUUACAGCAAUAUAUGCGCAUAUCGAUCAGCCAAUCCCAUGCGCAUGCAACUAGCAACGACCCCAUAUGGAUAGAUUUCUGGACUUUCGAACAUUUUGCGGAAUAAAUAAAACUAUGCUAAUGGCAAAUGCCAUAUGCUAUUAUCCCAACA